AUGUCCGCUACACUUCAGGCUUCGUCUACAACUAAAGACUCCCCAAUACUGGAGACAGAGUUUGCAACCCUAAUUGAUAAUGAAAAAGACAAAUUGACUGAUACUCAUGAGUUCAUCCGAAGCAUUACCAACCAAUUGAGCGUGAAGAGUUCGAAAUUCAAAUUCUUGGUCGAGGUUACCAGUGUCUCUUCUUCUGAAAGUAUAACCACAAAUGUCACCAUUACUUCCUCAAUUGGAUCUCUUUGGGAUGACGAGAGAGAUGGUUAUUACAGCUUCAAGGUGCAGACGAAAGAUGUAUAUUUAGUCACUGUCUACUGGAUAUACGCAGACUAA